UGGAGGAGGAGGAGGAGGAGGAGGAGCGUUUACCCGUGAGUUCACGAAGCCGUGGUGCGCGCUGGAUACGUAGCGGACUCUCGUGGAGGACCUUCGUGCGUGGAGCUACGAUCGGGUGGCACAGCUGAUCCAAGGACUCGGGUACGAAGGGCUCUUACUUGCCAAUAACAGCCGACAAAUAUGUCGUCCCCCAGCGCUGGAAAACGACGUAUGGACACGGACGUUAUCAAACUAAUAGAAAGCAAACAUGAGGUGACGAUCCUCGGAGGACUCAAUGAAUUUUCUGUCAAAUUCUACGGACCACGAGGGACACCUUACGAGGGUGGAAUAUGGAAGGUGAGGGUUCACUUGCCCGAACAUUAUCCCUUUAAAUCUCCUUCGAUCGGGUUUAUGAACAAGGUCUACCACCCUAACAUUGACGAAGUUUCAGGCACCGUAUGCCUGGACGUUAUAAACCAGGCUUGGACUGCCCUCUAUGACCUGUCAAAUAUUUUCGAAUCCUUUCUGCCUCAGCUAUUAACAUAUCCCAAUCCCAUCGAUCCUCUAAAUGGUGAUGCAGCUGCUAUGUAUCUUCAUAAACCAGAGGAAUACAAGAAGAAGGUAGCAGAUUACGUGAGGAAAUAUGCAACGGAGGAGGCAUUGAGGGACCAGGAGAAUGGCGGGACUGGGAACGGGAUGUCGUCCGAUAGCGAGUCAUCGAUGAGCGAUUUCAGUGAAGACGAGGCGCAGGACAUGGAGUUGUAACCAAAUAUUCUAUCAUCCAUACCCAUAUCCUUAAUAUCAAUUCCCUGUAAAACUCCAAUAUCGUUUGCCCUAUUACCAAAUAGAAUGCUUAUAUUCCAAAAAGCUCCGAAAGAGAGCUUCACUUUCGGUUUUGGCCGCACGACGUGUUCUCGUCGCACAUUAUCUCAGGUCGCGAUGGCCGACGACUCACGUUCUCCCUCCGACCAUCGUUUUCUCAUAGUCAUGUCUGAUAUGAAGAUUAUUAUAUCUUAUGGAAUAAUGUAAAAGGGAUAAAUAUGUCCCCCUUCGCCUCGCCCCUCGCCUCGCCCGUGCCCCCCUCCCCUCUCCCCGUCUCUUUCCUCUUCCCGUCUCUUUCCUCUUCCCCUCCCUGCAUACUCCGUUUUCUCUCUCUUUGUUUUCUCGUUUAUUAGAGACGCCUUUUUAUUAAUUACGUUGAUCUUGCUCUUUUUCUUUUUUUUUUUUUUCUUUUUCUUUUUCUUUUCUUUUCUUUUUUUUUUGUUUUUUUUCUUUUUCAUAAAAAAAGAAAAAAGAAAAAAAAAAACGGAGAAAAUAACGAGACAACGGAUAUAAAUGAAUUGUACGAUAAAUUUUAUUAAUCAAUUAUGUUACGUGUCA